AUGAUGGAACACCAUGACAACAAUGAACACAAUGAUGACAUGUCUGUAGACCAAGAAGAUCCAGCAGCAAAAUCCACAAUUCCAGAAGAGUUCACCACAGAUUUGUCAAAUCACCAAAGUGAAUGUGCAAUACUCCCUGAAGGUCAUUCAGUAGUGCUUACAGAAAAACCAAAAUUGAAGGUUGCAAAACCUAAGGUGACUCUAGAAGACCUCAACAAAUUAAUUCAGAAUAUCAUAACAUUUGUAGUGACUGUGUUGACCAGCACCAUCUAUCCUGCCAUUCAAAAAUAUGAAGAUAUGACAGUAGGUCAUGCUGAAAGCAGAGAUCAUGCUGACCGUCGACAUCCUUCUGACCGUCGACGUACUGGUGACCGCCGACAACUCACUGGAAGUCAAGAUCUCACUCAUGACCAAAAUCUCACAGAAAGCCAAAUUGCUGUCAAACGCCUUGAAUAUGCUGAAAAGGGAGUUGAAACUGACAUAAUUGAUAUUACCGAAAUGGGAGCUGAAACUGAACUACUUGAAGUGUCUGAAAAGGAAGUAGAGACUGAUGCAAUUGAAUUUGCUGAGAAAGGAGCUGAAACUGACAUGAUUGAAAGUAGUGAUGAGGAGACUAAACAGCCAACAGUUGAAGUUUCUGAAAAAGAAAUUGAAACUGAUACAAUUGAAUUAGUUGAUGAAGCAGCUGAAACGGAAAGCCAAGGCAUUGGUGAAGGUCAAGACACUGGUGACAGCCAAAUCAUUGGUAAAGGCCAGGGUGUUGGUGAAAGUGAGGACACUGGUGAAAGCAAAGACACUGGUGAUAUUGGUCAAGACCAAGAUGUUGGUGAAAGUGAAGACACUGGUGAAAGCAAAGACACUGGUGAUAUUAGUCAAGACCAAGAUGUUGGUGAAAGUGAAGACACUGGUGAAAGCAAAGACACUGGUGAUAUUGGUCAAGACCAAGAUGUUGGUAAAGGUGAAGACACUGGUGAAAGCAAAGACAUUGCUGACAGCCAAGUCAUUGGUGAAAGUGGAGACAUGGGUGAAAGCAAAGACACUGGUGAUAUUGGUCAAGGCCAAGGUGUUGGUGAAAGCAAAGACACUGGUGAUGGUGGUCAAGGCCAAGAUGUUGGUAAAGGUGGAGACACUGGUGAAAGCAAAGACAUUAUUGACAGCCAAGUCACUGGUCAAGGUCAAGAUGUUGCUGAAAGUGGAGACAUUGAUAAAAGCCAAAUCAUUGGUGAAAGCCAAGAUGCUGAUGAGAGCCAACUUGCAGGUGAAAGUGAAGACAUUGGUGAUGACGAAGAGGUUACUGAAGUUGAAGAUGUUACUGAGGGCCAAGAACCUGACGAAAGCGGCGAAUCUGGUGAAAGCGUUGAAUCUGGUGAAAGCUACUCCACAGAGUGUGAGGACUUUUCGGAGACUGAAAAUGGUGUCAAGAUUGAAGAUUCUGAGAUAACCGAAGGAGCCACUGAAGGUGAAGCUACUAAAGUCCAAGAAACCACCAAAGGCCCAUAUACUGCAAAAGACCAAGAUACUACUGGAAGUGCUGAGAGACAAGAUGUCACAAAAGUCCAAGAUGAAGGCCCGGAUGCUGCCAGAGGUCAAGGUGAUAUUGCUAAAGAACAAGAUUCUAUUGAAGGUCAAGGUCUGACUGAAAGCCAAAUCACCACACAGAAACAAUAUGACACAAAAAGUCAAAAUUUGGAUGAGAAUAGUGACGAUCAAGUUUCUCCCUCAGAGGCCAGUGACAUGGCUGAUGAAAUAGUCAAUGAUGUCAUUACAUCAGUCAAUGAGGAUCCACUAAGUGCACCUAUGAAACUACUUCCCUCACUCAACUUUCUUUCGCAACUUCUAUGUAAACCUUCGGAAAAGAGACAGGAAAGUACUAAAGAUGUCCUAGGUGUUUCAAGAUCACAAAUACUUCCAGCUGCUGAAAAGAUUUUACGGGCACAUCUAGAGAAAUUAACAGCCGAUUACCCAGAACUCGUAUACAUCCUCACGGGUUUUCACAGUACUCAGAAAACAUCUGCGAAUUCCAGGAAGUUGAUUUUUAAUUGCAAAGUCCAUUGUCUUGCUACAGAUAUUACAAAUAAUAUUCUUCAGAAACUGCGAUGUAUUAUAUCAAAUGAAGUCAUUACAACUAUUUUAAACUAUAAACCAGCCAUCUCAAGUUUACAUAGUAAAGACAACAUCUCAGACAAAAAUAAACACAUUCAUAAAUCUGAAAAGGAACCAAAAAAUGACAAAUGUGAUGACCUUCAUUUGAUUAAUGUAGAACAAGAGUGUUGUUAUUCACAUGAAAUCUGUUUGGGAGCUGCAUCAGAAAUAUCUGAAGACACAUCAGAAUUCCAAAAUUCAGAAAUAUUCAAUGUUAUCGAAGACAUGAAUAAAUAUGUUUCGACAAGGAUUGAGACUGUCACAUCAGCAAAAAUGAUACCAGUUAUAUGCACGGAUCCUCCUGAGUCACCAAGUGAAAACCCAGAAAUAGAUUUUAGUGUGCAGGCAAAGGACAUAGUGAUUACUAUAUUGAAAGCAAUACAUAAUGAAGUAAAAAAGAAAGCUGUUGCAAAACUUAAAUGUGGAAGCGAUAUGUCUCUGCUAAAAGAAGCUAUUUUAGUAGAUGAAAUUCUGUCUGCUAUUUUGCAAGCUCUUAGUGGGAAAACAGCUGAUGAUUUUAAAAAACUAAAAUUGAAGAAGAAAGUAAAAUCUAAGGAGAUCUCAGAAAGAAAACCUAAAGCUCAUAAAAAGGCAGGUGAACAGGCGAUUUCUGCACCUAAAGGUGAAACACUCCCAGCUGUGAAUAUUCCUGGAAUGGUGAUUUAUCCACAAAUGGAAGAUGGUGAUAUCUCAACUAUCAAAGGUGCACCAGGACGACAGAAACCUGAGGCAGGCCAUGUGGCACAGCAAAAAGCUAAAGCUGAGGAUUCUGAAAGAGAUGCAAAGUUCCCAAGGAGGGAUUCUAAGAUACCUACCCAACAUGAUCUUAAUGAACAGGAACUGGCCUAUGAACCAAAAGACAUUCCAGAAGGGACCUUAUUAGAGAAAUUAUUCAAGAAACCUGAGGAAACGUCCACUUCUGAUCUUCACCCUGAAAGAAAGCCGAAAGGGACACAAACCAUACCAAGAAAAUGCCGUCGCAGAGAGAAAAAACUACAAACAAAACAACAUAAAGUCAGAGACAAAAAGCAACAAACAACCAAAGAGUUAAAGCUACAGACAAGCAAGGACUUAAAACAACAUGUAGGCAAAGACGUAAAGCAACAAGUAGAGAAGGACACAAAGCAACAAGUAGAGAAGGACACAAAGCAACAAGCAGAAAAAGAGGCAAAAGAACAAGUAGAGAAGGACACAAAGCAACAAGCAGAAAAAGAGGCAAAAGAACAAGUAGAGAAGGACACAAAGCAACAAGCAGAAAAAGAGGCAAAAGAACAAGCGGAGAAGGAGGCAAAAGAACAAGCGGAGAAGGAGGCAAAAGAACAAGCAGACAAGGAGGCACAAGAACAAGCAGACAAGGAGGCAAAAGAACAAGCGGAGAAGGAGGCAAAAGAACAAGCGGAGAAGGAGGCAAAAGAACAAGCAGACAAGGAGGCAAAAGAACAAGCGGAGAAGGAGGCAAAAGAACAAGCAGAGAAGGAGGCAAAAGAACAAGCAGAGAAGGAGGCAAAAGAGCAAGCGGAGAAGGAGGCACAAGAACAAGCGGAGAAGGAGGCACAAGAACAAGCGGAGAAGGAGGCACAAGAACAAGCGGAGAAGGAGGCAAAAGAACAGGCGGAGAAGGAGGCAAAAGAACAGGCGGAGAAGGAGGCAAAAGAACAAGCAGAGAAGGAGGCAAAAGAACAGGCGGAGAAGGAGGCACAAGAACAGGCGGAGAAGGAGGCACAAGAACAGGCAGAGAAUGGGGCAAAAGAACAGGUGGAGAAGGAGGCAAAAGAACAGGCAGAGAAGGAGGCACAAGAACAAGCGGAGAAGGAGGCACAAGAACAAGCGGAGAAGGACGCAAAAGAACAAGCGGAGAAGGAGGCACAAGAACAAGCGGAGAAGGAGGCACAAGAACAAGCGGAGAGGGAGGCACAAGAACAAGCGGAGAGGGAGGCAAAAGAACAAGCGGAGAAGGAGGCACAAGAACAAGCGGAGAGGGAGGCACAAGAACAAGCGGAGAAGGAGGCAAAAGAACAAGCGGAGAGGGAGGCACAAGAACAAGCGGAGAAGGAGGCACAAGAACAAGCGGAGAAGGAGGCAAAAGAACAGGCGGAGAAGGAGGCAAAAGAACAAGCGGAGAAGGAGGCAAAAGAACAAGCGGAGAAGGAGGCAAAAGAACAGGCGGAGAAGGAGGCAAAAGAACAAGCGGAGAAGGAGGCAAAAGAACAGGCGGAGAAGGAGGCACAAGAAAAAGCGGAAAAGGAGACAAAAGAAAAAGUAGAAAAGGAGGCAAAAGAAAAAGCAGGAAAGGAGUCAAAAGAACAAGCGGAGAAGGAGGAAAAAAAACAAACUGAGAAAGACGCAAGGAAACAAACAGAGAAGGACAUGAAGAAACCAACAGACAAGGACAUGAAAAAACCAGAGAAAGACUCAAAACCAGGAGUAGACAAAGAAUCAAAAUCUCUAAAAGGCAAAGAAAUGAAAUCACUUUUAAAAACAUCAGCUGCUGAUAAGGUCCCAUACCAGUUACAGCUUAGUCCAGAAGCUAUCAAAGCACUAUGUCAAAUGAUUGUGGGCGUCAUUUUGGACAGAUUUGGCUUAUCAGAUGCACAUGAAGAGAGAAGUCAACAGCAUUCAGGAAAAGGAAAAGGUGACCAUGAUUUGAUUCAAGGUUCCCACCAUAAGCAGUUUAGCAGCACUGAUUCAACUGGAAAGAUGGCAUCUGUGAAGAAAGGGUCUGUGUCUGGCAAUUUGUCCCAAGUUGAUCUGAUGACAUCUAAGAUUCUGCCUCCUAUAAUGGGUGCCUCAGAAGUUCCUGCUGAAAACCAAGAUAAAUCUUUUUACGCAGCAAAAGCAAUAGCAGAUGCCAUCGCAUCAAAUAAAUUACACAUCGAGUUGAUAUGGAUAAAGUCUCCUUCAACUGUAGCAAAAUUAAACAAGAUAGUAUCAAGCCCAGAUAUCAAUCUUGUCUCAAAUGACAUUGUUAACAAAGUUUUGAAAAUGAUUUUGGAUGCUUCCAAUUCAUCAUCACGUGUGAAGAUUGAUACAAAAAGGCCCCAAACAGGGCUAAUAUCUGCCUCAGACAUUGUCAGUGACUUAAAAUCAGCUAAGCAAAUUGCAGCCACUCUGCCCCAUGGUACACCAAUGUUUUCUCAAGCGUCUUUGGAAUUAAUAACGAGAGUUGCUGAAGAGUUAGUUAGAAAACUGUUAAAUAAGUGUCUUUUGUUUCAAGGUCACAUCACAGCUGAUUCACAUGUCAGAAUAGCUCAAAUCACUGAUGCCAGUGAAAGCAAACCAAAUGAAAAUGGGCCAAUUGGAUCAACAACAUCCAACUCAGACUAUGAGAGGCUCUUUAUUAUAAUAAUGAAGGCGAUCACUGAUCUUUUAGGACUUAAAGUACAGUUGCCAAAUGAAAAUAUGGCUGAAUUAACAGCAGACUCGUCAUUAGUAAAGGAAAAGCCAACACCCACCACUGAAGUAUCCGUCAAAGGAAAGCCAACACGUUUAGAAGAAUCCAAAUUAAUUCCAGAUGAUGCAUUUCCAAAAUCUCAAGGCAGCUCUGCUUUGCCACAAACUAUUAUAAAAAAACUGGCCAAACCACGCAAAUUAUCUUUGACUAAGAUUGCAAUUAGUCCCACAAAAUCUUUGUCAACAGAAAGUCAAAAAUUAGGAAACAAACCAGAACGCUUACCAGAAGCGAUUCCAAAAUCAAAAAAAUCUAUGACAAAAAAGAAGACCAGUACUUCAAAAAAACCUCCCAUUAAUCAAGCUGGGGACAGACUUCCUGUUUUCCAAAAGGUGAAAGAAAUAAAGGUAAUAAAAGAUGACAAAACAGAGAAAAUUGCUGUUAAAAGUAAACCUCAUAAACCUCUCAAGGAUACACAUGAUGAGGAAUCUGCGAUGCAGCAACUUGAAUUAAAAGAUGAUAAACAUGUUCGAGAAGCAUUUGAUGAAAAGCUUGUAAAGUUGCUUACAACUCAACUUAAAUGUGAGAUUUCAGACAUGGUUUUGGGGCAAAAAAAGAUUGACCAUGAAAGCUCUUUAAGUAAUUCAAGCGAUUCUUGCCUUGACCUUGUUUCAGAAGAUACCACAAAAUCUGUUAUGGACCACAUCAAAAAAGUCAUUGGCCUUUCACUGCAUUCACUUGAACAAAAUCCUGAGAUAAACAAGGAGCAAUUGUGCCCCUUUAAAUCAUCAGAGUCAUCAGAAACUACAUCAGAUUUCACAGAGUGCUUUACAAAAUUGUUCAGUGAUAUGGCAAGCUCAGUUUCUCAGUCAUGUAAGUUGGGCUUAACUUCCCCAGAUUUUUUAAAUGCUAUCUAUUAUGAAAUAAAGAAGUCAUUAACAUCUCAUAAGGAACUAAAACCUGAACCAGGCCAAAUAGCGAACAAUGCCAGCACAGCUCCUGAAGGAAAAAAGCACUUCAAAACAUUUGGGGAUCAAGUUACAAACCGGCUUCAUGAAAUAUUACAAACAAAAACUGAGAUGCUAGUUUCUGACGCAAAAGAUUUAAAAGAGCCGAAGACAACAGACACCGCAAGACGUAUGAAAGAGGAACUCAUUAAGUUUGCCUUACAGCAGCUUUUAAAUGAUGAAAAGUUUUCCCAAGAAAUUACAAAUAUUAUUGAUGGCGAAAGAAAAAUAAUUUCAUCUCAUAUAAGGCAUCUUGAGGCUUUAAUUACUCCAGAUGUUUUGCAAGAUAUUAUUUUAAAAACUGUUAAUAUUUUACUUAAACAGAUAGAUUCCACAUUAAGUUUCAUACCACUUGAAUGUGAAGUGAAUGAUGUUUCUCAAGAACUUGUUAAUGUUGUUGUUGCAGAGGUGGAAAGGAAAUAUGCUUGUGAAGAUUCAUUUGAAGCUCAGGAUUCAAGUGUAAGCGAUACUUGUGAACUAUAUCCGAAGAAGACAUGUCACAAUAACACUUUUGCCAGUACUCUUACUUCACUUAACUUUGUAAGUGAUGUAACUAAACAAGCCAAGAAAAUUCUUUGUGCGAAAUCACUAAUGCAAAAUCAGGUAGUUCUCAGAAAGCCUAUAGAACACCAAAUACAAUUCUCUGAUUCUGGAACAGAAGAUAUUGCAUCAUAUUUUGACUUAAUUUCAGACGACCUCAUCCACUUUAUUCUGGAACAAAUUCAGCAUGUUAUUAGUUGUCCUGGAUUUGUAAGUGAAAUGCAACUGAGCCAAUCACAAACAACAAGCAGUGAAAUAUCCAUUAUCGAUAUUAGUUCAAAGGAUACUUCUGCUCCAACAAUCUGUAGUGAACAUUCAUCUUGUAGCUCAAAGACAAGUAAAAAGAGAAUCUCAUUCAGUAUACCUCAAGAAUCAGUUUGUCAAAAAGUAUGCUCAAGUAGCAUUUCAUCAAUGGCAGAUAGCAUGACUGAGGAAUCAUCAGAAGUGUGUUAUCAUGAGCCAGGUAUAUCUGGGUUGACAAAGAUGUCUGAAACACUGAUUGAAAAUGUAAUUAAUUCAGUACUCAAGUCUGAGCAAUCAUGUGAAGAAGGUGGAGUAUGUCCAUUUGCGAAAGCACCCAUUUCAGUCAAUGAAGAUAUGCAAAGUAAUUUAGUACGUUUCAUCUUAGAAGAGAAAAAGAAAUACCAGUGUUCAAAUACUAUAGUUUCUGAACAUUCAGAAUCACCAUUUGAUCAAAGAGCUGAAAAAACUGUUUGUGGAAUGACUGAUGAAUUUGACACAUGUUCCUUUCCCUCACGGACUGAUUCAGGUGAAAAACAGACCUGUGGGGGAAAACCAGUUUGUGAGAGUCAGAAAAAAGAAGCUGAGAAGACCUGUUCAGGACAUAAGUUGGAUGAAAAUAUUAAUGUCAUAUUGUUACCCCAUGUGAUGAAGUCUAUCACUGAGUAUGUGAAGUAUAGUAUAUAUCUGAGUCAAUUAGACCAGUUAUGUGGGACAAAAGAAGCAAAUAAGUUUAAAAAUGAUAUCACAAGGCGAGAACUGCAGGAUUUCUUCCUGGAACUAAUAACAAAAGAGAUAAUACAGAAAUUUACAGAAUGCAAAAAACAGGCCUCAUUUCUUGACAAGCCACGACCACAAUACAUAGAAAAAGACGUGCAGGUUAAUGAAGUUGAGUAUACAACUCCCGAUGAUGUUAGCAAUGAUACUGUGUGUCCACUAACUCGAAAAGAGACCAUUAUAUCAUGGGCUACAAUGCCACCAGUUUGUGAUACAGAACUUUAUGAUGAAAACUUCAUGUCAAUUGAUGGACUCAAUAAGGUAUUGUGCAUGGAAGGUGAAAAAGCUUUGUCGCAUGUUUCCGAUUCAGUCUUACCAAAGCCAGUUGUCUCUGAUCGCAGUUCAUGUACUUCACAGUUCUCAGAUACAAUUAUUUCAACUAUGUACCAAGGAUUUGAAAGCAGUUUUGAGGCACCAUGUGUCUGUUCAUUCAAGCCUUCAGAGUUUGAUGUCUGCAAAUAUCCCGAUGAAGAAAGCAGUCCGAUACUGUUUUCUGACAAAGAGAGUGUAUGUACACUAUCAGCCAUUGAACCACCAGUUUCAAGAAAGACUAGUUCAUAUGGUGGAACCUGCACUUGUCCACUACAUUUUGAAGACAGAAAACUCUCUGUCUCUUCAACUGAAGAACAUAUUUAUUCAACAGGAAGCAGUGAAGCAGAAAGUCUAGUUCAAUCAGCUCUGUGUAAUGUUUGGGCUGGUAUUGCUUCUGAAGAACAGCAGACCUCAGAGGCACAAGAACAUGAUAAACUACAUUCUGUUGAAAGUUCAAUUGCGCUUGAUGAUUUGUCUGAGGAGCUGUUAACAGAAGCACUAGUUUCCAUUUUUACACAAAUGAUAGAAUCCCUUUUUCCUGAACUAUCUGACAAAGCAAGUGAGAGUUCACAUUCUUCUCAAUUAAAUUUGCUUUCAGAAAAAAUUGUUUCCGACGUUAUGCAAGAAUUAAAACAUUGCUCUGAAUCUUCAACUUCUUCAUUGUUUAUACCUUCAUCAUCUGAAUCAUCUGGUAAAGAUAACAAACAACUUGCUUUACUCAAAAAUAAUUUAAAGAAGCAAAAAUCGACAAAAUCACAGGCUUCUGGAAAAAUUAGCCGUCUGGGUAAAACUUCUACCAUUGCACAAAAAUUUUCAGAUAAGAAGCUUUCUUCUUCUUCUUCAACAACAGAGGAGACAUCUUCAAGCAUAAGUAGUGAUGCAGAAAAUUUAGUUCAAAUGGUUCUAAGUAAUAUAUUAUCAAGUAGGCCUCAUAUGGAUCGACAGAGCUCCAAGACAUUCAAAUAUGAAAAACCAAUUCAGCAGCAAACAGCAGCUCUACGUGGAAAUGACCUUUUGAGUGAAAGUUCUCAUUCAUUGGGUGAAGCAUUGUCAAGGGAAGAUUUGGUUAGCAUUUGUUCACAAAUUGCUGAUACACUUUUACAGAAAUCCCCCAGCUUGUUAUCUCACAGACCAAGCGCCUCUCAAUUAAGUUUAAUUUCAGAGAAAAUUGUAACAAAUAUAAUUCAAGUUUUAGAAAGCAGCCUUGAGUCAGCCGCUAGCUCCAUACAUAAACAUCCAGUUGAUGGUAAUGCUGGCAAAAGUAAAAUAGAAAAAAAUAUUCCAAUUGAACCACCAAUUCGCAUGAUAACCUCGGAUCAUACAAUCAUCAGUACACAACCUAAAUCUGACUCCUAUUCAAGUGAAGAAACAUCACACACAACCUCGAGUGAAGCAGAAGAUGUGCUUCAUGAUGUUUUCAGUGAAACCACAAUUAGUGCAAUUUUUGGCCCUGAGAAGGAAGCUGUACCUGUGAAGAUUGUCCCACAUAAACGAGAAACACAAUUGAAAGUUGAUCCAGAGAUCAUCUCAGACCACUUAUCUGUUAUUUCAAUUAAAACUGAGCCAAUUGAGAUGCUUCAGCAAAUGAGCUUGUUACACACUGGUCAGAACCUGCAGGCGCUUCGUAAGGCAUCAGUAGCACAUCCAGAAUCACUUGUAAAGCCUGAGAAAGGAGUACAUGUCAGUUUUAACAAAGACGUGACUUCUAGAAGAGGUUCUUUGGACAACUAUGGGAGAUUAGAUGUAAAACGAAAAGAGGUCCUCGCUAGAAACUCCUUCACAAAUUUGUUCAACCCUGAAAUUUCAAAAGUAGAACUUUUGAAAGAUGUGAAUGAUAAAAGGGAAUUAAUUAUACGUCUGGUAGCCCAUGAUGUGCCAGGAGAUCGAGAACAUGCUGAUGAGGAUGAUGAUGAAGACGAAGAGGAGGAAUCAGAAGUGGUAGAAAAUGUCAGCCAAGAUGAGGAAAUAAUACAUGAAGACGUUGGUCUCUUUGAUAUAGGAAAUGAAGAAGAACCUCUGAUUUCCAUGAGCACCAACGAUGUUAGAUAUGGUUUUGCAGGGGACAAUUUUCAGCCUGCAUCGCUGUUAAAAAGAGACAGCAUAGCAGAUAAAACAGCUAAUGACUUAUCAGUUGAGAAACUGCGUUACAAUAAUGCACAACAUGAGAAAAAACAAAGUUUUGAGGCUUUCGUAGAACUUCUACACCAGACAGGACAGUGGGAAUCUACAAAUGAGCUGACAAUACAGCAUAUCAAGGAUUUCCUGCGUGAAAAUCCAACCAAUGUUAAUUUUCAUGCAGCAGGAAAUACUCAAGGAAGAUCUUCAGAAGGUCACAAUCCACAUCCACCACAGGGAAAGAAGUUAUGGCCAAAAGAAUUCUGUCAUGUACACUUUGACUCUGCGGCAUUAUUGGCUUCUCUAGGGCUUACUGACAUGACUGUGCUUGAACUAGAGAGACGGGAAGCUCAGCAUCAGUCAAAGCAAUAGCUAGAGAAACAGACAAACUUCCUCAAAGGUAUCGUUGAUGAAUUAGAUAUGACACAGCUGUCUAAUAUCAUUAUCAACAUUUUUAUUUUUUAUCUACAAGUUGUGUGUCAACAAGAACGCAGUGGAAU